AGCUGGGGGAAGGAGGAAGGUUGGUUGCCUUCUUGUUGCUCCAUGGUGCGUGUAGGGGAGAAGGUGUUGGCUGGGCCCUGGUGCUGCUUACAAAGUAAGGUUCCCAGAUCAGGACUUUUACAUCGUUGAGGUUCGUAACCGAGCCUUCGGAUGCUGUCACCAUGCGUGGAAGCAACGUGCUGUUGAACUGCGGGGCAGAAUCUGACCGAGGAGCUCCGGUUAUCAAGUGGAAGAAAGACGCGGUCUUCUUGAACCUGGCGGUGGACGAAAGGAGGCAGCAGCUGGCCAACGGAUCGCUCUUGAUACAAAACGUAGUCCACUCCAGGCACCACAAGCCGGACGAAGGGCUCUAUCAGUGCGAAGCGUCUCUAGAAGGCAUUGGAGCUAUCAUCAGUCGGACAGCGAAGGUCAUGGUAGCAGGACCGCUGAGGUUUCUUUCCCAGACGGAAUCUGUCACGGCUUUUGCGGGAGACACGAUCCUGCUCAAGUGCGAAGUCGUUGGGGAGCCCAUGCCCGUGGUGCACUGGCAGCGAAACCAAGAGGAUUUAUUCCUGAGCCCAGCCGACGCACGGGUGGCUGUCUUGCCCUCUGGAGCUUUACAGAUCAGCAGGAUUCAGCCUGGGGACAGUGGGAUCUACAGGUGCCUGGCGAAAAACCCAGCUAGUUCAAGGACUGGGAAUGAUGCAGAAGUCAGAGUGUUGUCAGAUCCAGGUCUGCACAGACAACAGUUCUUCCUGCAGCGACCAUCCAGCGUGGUGGCCAUGGAAGGGAAGGAUGCUGUUUUGGAGUGCUGCGUCUCUGGGUACCCCCCUCCCACCUUCACGUGGCUGCGAGGAGAGGAAGUGCUCCCCAUCAGGUCCAAAAAGUACUCUUUGCUGGCUGGCAGUAACUUACUCAUAUCAAACGUGACCGAUGAUGAUUCAGGGACGUACACGUGCGUCGUCACCUACAAGAACGAGAACAGCAGCGUCUCGGCAGAGCUGUCAGUGAUGGUUCCACCGUGGUUUUUAGUUCGCCCUGCGAAUCUUUACGCCUACGAGAGCAUGGACAUCGAGUUUGAAUGCGCCGUGUCCGGCAAGCCCGUCCCUACGGUGGAGUGGAUCAAGAAUGGAGAAGUGGUCAUUCCUAGCGACUACUUUCAGAUAGUGGGUGGCAGCAACUUGCGGAUUCUGGGCUUGGUAAAGUCAGAUGAAGGAUUUUAUCAGUGUGUAGCUGAAAAUGAAGCUGGAAACGCACAGGCCAGUGCACAGCUAAUCAUCCCAGAGCCUGCUGUCCCAAGCUCCAGUGUCCUCCCCUCUGCCCCCCGAGAUGUGGUCCCUGUCUUGGUCUCCAGCCGAUUUGUCCGUCUCAGCUGGCGCCCGCCCGCGGAAGCCCGAGGCAGCAUCCAGGCGUACACGGUCUUCUUCUCCAGGGAAGGCAUCAACAGGGAACGGGCGGUCAACACGUCGCAGUCCGGGACGCUGCAGCUCACCGUGGGCAACCUGAGGCCAGAGGAGACCUACACCUUCCGCGUGGUGGCCUUCAACGAGUGGGGACCCGGCGAAAGCUCGCAGCCCGUCAAGGUGGCCACGCAGCCCGAGUUGCAAGUGCCAGGGCCGGUGGAAAACCUGCGGGCUGUGUCCACUUCACCUACCUCCAUCCUCGUGUCCUGGGAUCCCCCUGCCUACGCCAACGGUCCCGUGCAAGGCUACAGGCUCUUCUUAACAGAGACGGCGACGGGAAGGGAGCAGAACGUGGAGGUGGAGGGGCUCUCCUACCGGCUCGAGGGGCUGAAGAAGUUCACCGAGUACACCCUGCGCUUCCUGGCCUACAACCGCUACGGCCCCGGCGUCUCCACCGAAGAUGUCACCGUCACCACGCUUUCGGAUGUGCCCAGCGCGAUGCCCCAGAACGUCUCCUUGGAAGUGGUCAACUCCAGGAGUAUCAAAGUUAGCUGGUUGCCUCCACCACCAGGCACUCAAAACGGAUUUAUUACGGGCUAUAAAAUCCGACACAGAAAGACUACCCGCAGGGGUGAGAUUGAAACACUGGAGCCAAACAACCUCUGGUACUUGUUCACAGGACUGGAGAAGGGAAGCCAGUACAGUUUCCAGGUGGCUGCCAUGACAGUGAACGGGACCGGGCCGCCCUCGGACUGGUACACGGCAGAAACGCCCGAGAAUGAUCUCGAUGAAUCUCAGGUUCCUGACCAGCCAAGCUCUCUCCAUGUCAGACCCUUGACCACGAGCAUCGUCAUGAGCUGGACUCCGCCGCUCAACCCGAACAUUGUCGUCCGCGGGUACAUCAUCGGCUACGGCGUGGGCAGCCCAUACGCUGAGACCGUGCGGGUGGACAAUAAGCAGCGUUACUAUUCCAUUGAAAAUUUGGAGCCGAGCUCCCACUACGUGAUUUCCUUGAAGGCCUUUAACAACGCCGGCGAAGGAGUGCCUCUGUACGAAAGUGCCACCACCAGGUCGAUGACAGACCCCAUCGAUCCAUUAGAAGUUGAUUUUUAUCCUUUGCUUGAUGAUUUCCCUACGUCAGUCCCAGAUAUCUCCACCCCCAUGCUCCCACCAGUAGGUGUGCAGGCUGUUGCACUGACCCAUGACGCGGUGAGGGUCAUCUGGGCAGACAACUCUGUCCCGAAGAACCAAAAGACGACGGAGGUUCGCUUCUACACGGUCCGAUGGAGAACCAGCUAUUCUACAAAUGCUAAGUACAAGUCAGCAGAUACGACAGCCCUGAGUCACACGGUCAUCGGCCUGAAGCCGAACACCAUGUACGAGUUCUCUGUCAUGGUCACCAAAGGGCGGCGGUCCAGCACCUGGAGCAUGACUGCCCACGCCACCACCUACGAAGCAGCUCCAACCUCUGCACCCAAGGACUUGACAGUCAUUACACGGGAAGGGAAGCCCCGAGCCGUCAUUGUCAGCUGGCAGCCACCAUUAGAAGCCAACGGGAAAAUUACCGCUUACAUCCUCUUCUAUACUCUGGACAAGAACGCUCCCAUUGACGACUGGAUUAUGGAGUCCAUCAGCGGUGACCGGCUCACCCACCAGAUCGUGGAUCUCAGCCUGGACACCGUCUACUACUUCCGAAUCCAAGCCCGCAACGCCAAGGGAGUGGGGCCUCUCUCCGAUCCUGUUUUCUUCCGGACGCUGAAAGUUGAGCACCCCGACAAAAUGGCCAACGACCAAGGUCGUCACGGCGAUGGCUCCUACUGGUCGGUGGACACCAACCUGAUAGACAGAAGCAGCCUGAACGAGCCCCCCAUCGGGCAGAUGCACCCUCCCCACGGCAGCGUGACGCCCCAGAAGAACAGCAACCUCCUCGUCAUCAUCGUCGUCACCGUCGGCGUCAUCACCGUGGUGGUGGUGGUGGUGGUGGCCGUCAUCUGCACCAGGCGCUCCUCGGCACAGCAGAGAAAGAAACGUGCGACCCACAGCGCCAGCAAAAGGAAGGGCAGCCAGAAGGACCUGAGGCCCCCGGAUCUGUGGAUCCACCACGAGGAGAUGGAAAUGAAGAACAUGGAGAAGCCGACGGGCUCCGACCCCCCGGGCAGGGACUCGCCCAUGCAGAGCUGCCAGGACAUCACCCCCAGCAGCCACAGCCAGCCCGAAACGCAGCUGGGCAGCAAGAGCACCCCGCAGCCUGCUGCUGAGACAGAAGAUGUUGGCAGCAGCAUGUCCACCUUAGAGCGCUCGCUCGCCGCCCGCAGAGCCACCCGCGCCAAGCUCAUGAUCCCGAUGGAUUCCCAACCCACCAACCCUCCUGUGGUCAGUGCCAUCCCCGUGCCCACCCUGGAAAGCGCCCAGUACCCCGGGAUCCUGCCGUCCCCCACCUGCGGAUACCCGCACCCCCAGUUCACCCUGAGGCCGGUGCCGUUCCCCACCCUCGCUGUGGACAGGACCUUUGGAGCAGGAAGAACUGUAAACGAAGCUCCAGCCCCGCAGCAACCCUCCCUGCUACCACCGACGCAGCCUGAGCACUCCAGCAACGAGGAUGCCCCGAGCAGGACCAUCCCCACCGCCUGCGUCCGCCCCACGCACCCGCUCCGCAGCUUCGCCAACCCCUUGCUACCUCCGCCCAUGAGUGCAAUAGAACCGAAAGUCCCUUACACGCCACUUCUGUCUCAAACAGGGCCUAACCUUCCCAAGGCUCAGGUGAAAACAGCAUCCCUCGGCUUGGCAGGAAAAGCGAGGUCACCCCUGCUGCCCGUCUCGGUGCCCACGGCCCCGGAGGUCUCGGAGGAGGGCCACAAGCAGACGGAAGACUCCUCGAACGUGUACGAACAGGAUGAUCUGAGCGAACAGAUGGCCAGUUUGGAGGGGCUAAUGAAGCAGCUCAACGCUAUCACAGGCUCGGCCUUCUAGGAGCUGGUGAGGGAUGGGUAAUGAUCCAGGAGCACUGCAGCAUACCAGGAUUUCACGCGCACCACCCGCCUACAUGACCCCAUAAAGUCGUCUCGUUCCCGGUACCACUCCUUCAGCUCAAGGAAGGUUCCUGCAAAGUCCUUGGAGGAAAGAGAAAAAGAAGAGAAAA